UCCUGUCGACAACGUAGUUACCUGUUUCUUUCCUUCUAUCGAAGCUCCCUUUCCCCGUAACGCCACAACCACCAAUGCUUUCCUUCUUUUUCCUCACCGACCACCGUCUCUCUUUCUCUCUCCUCUUUUUUUUUUACUCGUUAAAUGAUUAAUUUCUAAUUGUUCUUAUAACCCCCAACAAUAAUUUAGCCUUCUAAAGAAGUUUAGAAAAAUCCCAUCAAAAAUUUCUGUAAAAAAUUUACAGAGAUUGAUCAUAUUGUAUUGUAUUUGUACACCUUGGUUAAAAAAGAUCAGUGUUUUUGAGCAAGUUUCAAUUUUUUUUUGUGGGAUUAUUUUUGGAUGGCAAACUUAAACGGCAUAGUUGCAGAAAACGGUGUUUGUCACAAGGAUACUAUUAAUGGAGGGCAUGAUGUUUGGAGUUGUGAAAAUGGAGUUUCUUCUUCUUCUUCUGAACACCUAGUUGUUAUGGUUCAUGGCAUUUUGGGCAGUGCUGCUGAUUGGAAGUUUGGAGCGGAGCAGUUUGUUAAAAUGCUUCCAGAUAAAGUAUAUGUUCAUUGCAGUGAGAAAAAUGGGGCAAAAUUGACUUUAGAUGGUGUAGAUGUCAUGGCUCAGAGACUGGCUGAUGAGGUACUGGAGAUUAUUAAAGACAAGCCUAAUCUUCGCAAAAUUUCCUUUGUUGCACAUUCUGUUGGUGGUUUAGUUGCAAGAUAUGCAAUUGGUAUAUUGUAUCAACCUUCACUUUGUGGAAAUGUUGUGGACUCAUCGACUAACAAUUCUCAUGAGAAUGCAAGGGGUACAAUAGGUGGUCUUGAAGCAGUGAACUUUAUUACUGUUGCUACUCCUCAUCUCGGUUCACGUGGUAAUAAGCAGGUACCAUUCCUCUUUGGUCUGACUGCUAUUGAAAAAGUUGCUGGCCGUGUGAUUCAUUGGAUAUUUAGAAGAACAGGUAGACAUCUUUUCUUGACGGAUGGUAAUGAUGAAGGGAAGCCUCCAUUGCUUAAACGAAUGGUGGAAGAUAAUAGUGAACAUUGUUUCAUAUCAGCGUUGCGGGCUUUCAGACGUAGAGUGGCAUAUUCAAAUGUUGGAUAUGACCAUAUUGUGGGCUGGAGAACGUCUUGUAUUAGACGGAGGAGUGAAUUACCUAAGUGGGAAGAUUCCCUUAAUGAGAAAUACCCGCAUGUAGUCCAUGAAGAAUUCUGCGAAGCGCGCGAACCAAUUGAAACUGUUUCAGAAGAAGAUCAUAUUUCUGACAAAAUAGAAGAGGAACUUGUGACAGGUCUAGCACAGGUGUCAUGGGAGAAGGUUGAUGUCAGCUUCCACAGCAGUAGAUCGAGGUUUUCUGCCCAUAGUGUAAUACAGGUAAAAGACCAUUACAUGCAUGCAGAAGGAGCAGAUGUUAUCCUGCAUAUGAUUGAUCACUUUGUAGUCUGAGUGAUUUGCAAAUGUAAUGCCAACGUCAAGCCAUAUGGUGGUUUGAGUCUCAUUCAUUCGAGCAACUGGUUGGGAUGGCUCGUGCACUAAAAGAUCGGUAUUUCAUGGAAUUUUCCUGUUUGCUUUGCGCAAGGAUUAGAAGAGAGGUGCAGAGCUGUCUGGAGGCUGUAUGUAUUUAUAUAUGCUGAAGAGUUGGAACCUGAUCUGUUUAUGGUUAAAUUUUGUCAAUUCUUUAUGGUUCAAUUGUAAAUGAAUGUUACAAAAUAAGGAUAAAGGGGGAACUACAAAUAUCUAAAUUGAGAUCUGCUGCAUCAAUUAAAUGAAGUAUGAAGUUCAGUUGAUUAUAACAAAGAUAAUUACCGUCUCAGCUGCUUACCAUUGGAGAUGCUCUAAUCUCGGACUUCAGUAUGCUGUAGGCAUUAGAUUUGGUUGUCCAAUGAAAACAUUUAUAGGAGUAUAUUUUUGGUCUGA